AAACUUAUUUUUUACGUGUACUGAAGUGCAGCCCUGUUAAGUCAGUUUCAUUCUUUCAGUAAUUCAUUUAUCUCCGCAAUUGUUUUUGACUUAAAAAAGUAUUUGUGGUGUUUUAUUAUUAGAUUAUUGCUUUAACUGACGCGUAUUUAAAUUUGUUUCCUUUGUAAAUCGAUGGCUUAUAUGCACCAAUCACAAAUGCCAGAUCAACAGUUUCUGUGGGAUGUUUUUCAAAGGGUAGAUAAAGAUCGUAGCGGCUAUAUAUCCGCGGAUGAGUUACAAGUUGCUCUUUCAAAUGGUACAUGGAGUCCUUUCAACCCGGAAACAGUGCGUCUUAUGAUUGGUAUGUUUGACAGGGAAAGUCGCGGCACUGUAUCCUUCCAGGAUUUUGGUGCACUUUGGAAAUAUGUAACAGAUUGGCAGAAUUGUUUCCGUUCGUUCGAUCGUGACAAUUCUGGCAACAUAGACAAAGCUGAACUGAAGACAGCUCUCACCUCUUUUGGGUACAGACUAUCGGACAAUAUAAUUGAUUUACUUUUGCGUAAAUUUGAUCGAUUUGGUCGCGGCACCAUACUCUUCGAUGAUUUCAUACAAUGUUGCAUUGUCUUAUAUACACUAACAUCAGCAUUUCGACAACACGAUACCGAUAUGGAUGGGGUAAUAACAAUACACUACGAACAAUUUCUAAGCAUGGUCUUUUCGCUGAAAAUUUAAAAUUAGAAUGCGGUCGAGUUUUCCGCGUCAGCAGCAUUAUUAAACAUUGCCUUAAUCGGGUGCCAAAUUUAAGUAGAAAGUCAUUACCAAUAAUCCACAUAUGCGUGUAGAAAUUAUUAAUGGGGGAUAUGAUAUCGCACUUUUCUAUAAAUCAUGUAAAGUUAAUAUUAUUUUAA